UACAAAGUGUUUAAUUCCUUUGUUGAGAUGGGACCAGGGAACAUCCAGGCGGCUGAUUACAUGAAAGGCGUGGGCUCCUUCUUUGUGGUGAGUCUUGGAGGAACAGCCGUUGGUUUAGUGUUUGCUUUCCUGCUCGCCCUCAUCACCCGGUUUACAAAGCGUGUCCGCAUCAUAGAACCUCUGUUCAUCUUCGUGAUUGUCUAUCUCGCCCACCUCACCGCAGAGAUGGUGUCGCUUUCUUCUAUAUUAGCGGUGACAUUCUGUGGCUUGUGCUGCAAAAAAUAUGUUGAAGCAAACAUCUCCAACAAGUCCAGGACCACUGUCAAGUACACGAUGAAGACUUUAGCCAGCAGCUCUGAGACGAUCAUCUUCAUCUUCCUUGGAAUAUCAGCAGUGGACACCUCCAAGUGGAUGUGGGACACGGCCCUGGUGCUGUCCACACUCCUCUUCAUCUUUGUGUUCAGGGCUGUUGGUGUUGUGCUGCAGACAUGCGUUUUAAACCACUUUAGACUCCUCCCACUGGACAGGAUAGACCAAGUUGUGAUGUCGUACGGUGGCAUUCGGGGUGCAGUCGCCUUUGCUCUAGUCAUUUUGCUAGAUAGGAGAAAAGUGAAAGCUAAAGACUAUUUUGUGGCAACUACGAUCGUGGUGGUGUUUUUUACAGUCAUGUUUCAGGGUCUGACCAUCAAACCUCUUGUCAAGUGGCUAAAAGUGAAGAGGCAAGACCACCACAAGCCUACGCUGAGUGAAGAAUUGAAUGAGCAUGCUUUUGACCACAUAAUGGCAGCUGUUGAGGACAUCAUAGGCCACCAUGGCUACCAUCAUUGGAGAGACAAGUGGGAGAAGUUUGAUAAGAAUUACCUGAGUCAGCUUCUGAUGAGGAAAUCUGCAUAUCGGAUCAAGGAUGAGAUAUGGGAGGUUUGCUACAAGCUGAACAUUCGGGAUGCAUUAAGUCUGGCAGAUCAGGGAGGUCAUAUAGUAUCACCGGAUAGACUGUCGUUGCCAUCCAUGCCAAGCCGAGCAUCCAUGUCGGAGACAUCAGUGACCAACCUUCUGCGGGAGAACGGGAGCAAAGCGUGUCUGGAUCUUCAGGCUAUUGACACUGUGCGCAGUGGGCGGGACAGAGAAGACGCAGUUAUGCAUCAUGUGCUGAGGGGCAGUCUCUACAAACCACGCAGGAUGUGCAAAGCCAGUUACAGUCGCCACUUUAUGACCCAGGAUGAACAAGAACGGCAGGAAAAAGAGGUUUUCCAGCAAAACAUGAAACGAAGAUUGGAGUCUUUUAAAUCCACAAAGCACAACAUCUGCUCAUCCAAGUCACGGCUAAAGAAAGAUGGACGCAAGAAGAGAAGAACUAGCAUGGAGCUUGAGUCACGAAAUGGAAGACAGAGCAAAGCUGUAAGCUGGAAAAAUACCGCAUCCAUUGUGGUCACUGCUGACUCAGAAGAUGAUUUUUCAGAUGUUAUGAUAGAAGAGGACGAGGGUAUUACCUUUGUUGCUCGUGCAACAGAUGAAAUUCUCCACAAUGUUAAAAUCUCAGGAAUGUUGGGAGUCUGUCAAAGUCCUCGAAUUGCCCCACCAUCACCAACUAUGGCUGAGAAGGUUCUUCCAUGGAAAGGGGAGCCAGAUGAAAACAUGGUCCGUAUCUCUUUAGAGACUACAAAAAUAGUCCCGGUUGAUCUACAAAAGUCCUGGAAGCAAAGCAUCUCCUCUUUAGAGAGCAUUGGGUCUCCACCAGCUCCUGACACCAACUCAGAUGGAGCUAAGUGUUUGAGGCAGGAGAUUUGCAGUCCACCCACCCUUCAGACUCUGCCAGAGACCUGCAGCUGUUUUCCUUUCACUGGUUCUCAAUCACAAGGUAUAAAAAGUCAUUUAGGUUCUGCAGACAUCCAGCAACAAGAACUUCAACCAUUAAUGCCCCCGGAAGACGUUUUGGGUUUGAGUCCUGUGUCUAUCAGGCAGAACCAUAACAAAAGACGACUGCAGCUUCAUCGAACUUCCAAAAUCUGA